GUAAACUACAGUUCCCAGCAGAACCGCGUUGUGAGACGUACGUCAAGGAUUUGACGCAGCGCGUAAUACGUGAUACGUCACGCUCGUUCUCUGUUCGUCUGCUGGACGGUAAUGGCGGCGUGCCGGGGAUCAUCGUCCAAAUGGUUUUUUACCCGGGAACAGCUCGAAAACACCCCGUCCCGCCGCUGCGGAGUGGAGCCAGACAGAGAGCUGUCGUAUCGACAGCAAGCCGCGAAUCUUAUUCAGGACAUGGGCCAGAGACUAAAUGUUUCUCAACUCACAAUAAAUACUGCCAUUGUUUACAUGCACAGAUUUUAUAUGUACCACUCUUUCACCAAAUUCCACAGAAAUACCAUCUCCCCAACGACAUUAUUUCUGGCUGCAAAAGUUGAAGAGCAACCACGGAAACUCGAACAUGUCAUUAAAGUAGCGCAUGCGUGUUUAAACCCCCAGGAGCCUCCACUGGAUACAAAGAGUAAUGCAUACCUCCAGCAAGCUCAAGAGCUGGUGAUACUUGAAACCAUAGUGCUGCAGACUUUAGGCUUUGAAAUAACAAUUGAACAUCCACACACUGAUGUAGUGAAAUGUUCCCAGCUAGUGCGAGCAAGCAAGGAUCUGGCACAGACUUCCUAUUUCAUGGCUACCAACAGUCUGCACCUCACCACCUUCUGCUUGCAGUACAAGCCCACAGUCAUCGCCUGUGUCUGCAUUCACCUGGCCUGCAAGUGGUCCAACUGGGAGAUCCCGGUUUCCACCGAUGGAAAGCACUGGUGGGAGUAUGUGGACAGCUCAGUUACACUUGAACUUCUUGAUGAACUGACCCACGAGUUUCUGCAAAUAUUAGAGAAGACACCCAGCAGGUUGAAGAGGAUUCGUAACUGGAGGGCUACACAAGCUGCUAAGAAGCCCAAAUCAGAUGGUCAGGCCUCAGACAGCAGCUCUUUAGCGGGACCUUCAUUAACCCAGGACAUGUCCUUGAUGGAUGCCCUUCCCGGGGUUUCUACAAAUACAGCAUUCUCCAAAGCCUCAGCGUCUUUCCCAGUGACCCUCUCAAGCAACUCAAGCAGCAGUCUUUCUCUUGAUUCCAUUGCCAACAUGCAGGGAACCUCAUACACUUACACCGCCCCCAGUGACUGGCCUCAGGACCAAGUGCACUCAGACCAGUAUUCUGUCAAGCAGCUUCCCCCACACAGUUCUAUGCAUCCACACCGGCCUGACAAAAGCGCAGAAUUCAACCCUGCCAAACACGAACACAAGGCCAGCAGUGGGGCGAAGAACCAGGCCACGGCCUAUCCUCCACCUGCAGCACCCACACAGAAAAUGUCUCUGGACAAGUACAGGGAGAAACACGCUGCUGAGCUGGCUGGGCAGAAACGCAGGCAAGAGCAGCAGAACGUGGAGACGGAGGUGUAUGGUGCUCAGACGGAUCACCGCAAGCACCUGCCCCAACUGUCUCACGGGCAGCAGGGAGCAGGAGCCACCACUGCCUCGCCCCUGAAGAUGAAGCUACCCGUCCCUGGGCAGGACAAGCUCCAGGACAAACGCGAGAAAGGGAGCUCUUUAAAACUGCGUCUUCCGGUCCCCUCCCAGAGCGAGAAGGGGGGAUCAAGUAAGGAGGAGCUAAAAAUGAAAAUAAAGGUCUCCUCUGAGAGGCACAGCUCCUCUGAUGAGGGUGCUGCAAAGAGCAAACAUUCCAGCCCGCUUGUGAGCAAGGAGAAACACAGAGACCACUCAGCCCAUCGUCACCAUCACAAACACGGCCACUCACACACACACACGCAUAGCGGCAACGGCAGGAGCAGCCUUGAGGCACCCGCAUCUGGUUCGGCCCUUCGGAGCCCAGUAGGUUCCGGUGGCGAUGGCACAAGCUCAGCUUCCAGUUCCUCACGCAAGAGGGUGAACCCCGAAGCCAGCCACAAUCACCACUCCAAAAAGAACAAAAGCUCCAAAGGCGGUGCAGGUAGUUCCUCUCAUUGUUCCUCUGUUCAGCAGUGUGUGUCAUCUCACAGCUCUGUUCUUAACCUUCUUCCCCCUCCCCCUGUCACAUACCAGGUGGGCUACGGACAUCUCAGCACCCUAGUGAAACUGGACAGGAAACCAGUGGAGAGCCAUGGCCCUGAGGGCGCCGGCCUAGCUAAUGGCCUACACACAGACUACAAAGAUACUUUUGACACGCUUGAGUCGCUGUUAAGUGCCCAAGGAAUGAACUCUUGAACUGAUAGGAAAGAGGAUAAAAUAUAAAAGAAAAUCAAGCAUAGAUUUCAUUAUUAGGAAGAGGAAAAAAAACAGGAAUGUGAAGAGUAAGAAAAUAAAAAUGCUUCCCGAUC